CAGAUCGUAUUGAAUCUCAAUAAACGCAACAACUUUGUGAUUGAAGAUCUUGACGAUACUCACCUUUUUAUUGAAGCUUCUUGGGUUGAUCAAUUGAAACAACAACUAGAUCAAAUCUUGGACGAAAACGCCUAUACUAUUACCAACGAAGAAAACAAAAAGAACAACAAC